AAGAAGAGGAAGCGAGGAGGGCGAAGAGCACGUAACGCGAAUUCAAAGGUCAACAACAUGCAUCCUCCUGCUGCUAACAACGAGAACAGCGUGAACGGUCGUCUGCCAUCCGUUCACCGCCAUUCCAAAGGACAUAUCCAAAUGUCUCCAGUGUCCAACAUCGAUUCAAGACCACCUGAUAAGGGGACCGCGGAGAUAAGUGCUCAACUCCCCGCUGUGCUCGGAGAUACAGGCUCAGAGAUUGACACAAACCAAGCCAAAGACAAGGACCUCCCAUUCCCGGUAGCCAAUCACAAUAUGAUGAACUUCGUCCUCGGUGGCAAUACGUUUAACGUCGAUGUUGCGGCUGCUAUAGGAAGUGAAGUUCUCCGGAACUACAAUACUAUUUCCCGCGACAAUCAGAAAGUCAUCGAGGAGCGGGAUACUCUUGAGGAGGAGAACCAGACUCUUUGGGAGAAGAAUAAGGACUUUACAAAGAAGAACAAAGUACUUGAAGAGGAGAACAUGUCUCUCAAGUUACUGUUGGCUCAGCAUGGCAUCUCCUUGGAAGAAGUCGUGGAUUUCGAGCUUCCUGUCCCAAAUCCCAGACCAGAAGCUCGCUUACCUGGAAACGUCUCAGAGACCGGAGUCACAUCUUCCUCUACCAGCAACCACUCUUUUCAGCAUCCACAAGGAGUACCAGGGUUGAAUGUUCAAGACGAUACACCUCCUAGUAUGGCUACGAGACACACUGAACAACAAGCUGUGAAUAUCCCCAAGGAUAUCAAUCAAGCCAAGCAUUCACCAGCAAUCAUCAAUCCUAUGCUUACCCAUAAGAGAGAAUCAUCUUCGAGAAGCUUGCCGAGCCAGACGACACCAAAUAUCGAAAAGAGUCUGAAAGUAGAAUCUUCCACGGAUAAUGACAUGCUUGAUGGUCACUCAAGUACUUUGCAAUCAGUUGUCAAAAGGGAGCAAGAGGUACGCACGGCCAAGAGAAGAGCCAACGAUAAGAACCAAAGCCCUUCUGGUAUUGCAGACAAGCGUCGGAGAACUGGAAAGGACACCAAGCUACCAGCGGAUUCGAAGAUGGACGAAAGAUGUCCUCUCGGUGAGCGACCUGCUAUUAAGGAUAAGCACAGCAGCAGCAGAACUAGGAUAAAGACAGAGGCCGAAGGGCAACCAGACUGGUUUGUUACCGAUGAGCAAUCCGACAAAUCUCUACCAUCUUCCAACAUCCGACUUAAACUUGAUGGCACGAAGAUAGAUCAUGAUUCAAAGCCAGUCGAUGAUAGCAAGUCGACCAAUGAAGCUGUGGAGAAGGGUUUGAUCAAGUUCAUGAAGAGAAAGAUGGACGACAACAAGAUUUUUUGUGACAUUCCUGUUCCCAAGUGCGGCAAGGGCUACAUGGACGACCGCUCCUGGAGAAAGCAUGUUGACAAGCAUCACCCAGCUUGGCUUAAGGCUCUUAUUGAGGAAACAAGCUCAAGCUUCAAACCUGUUGAUGAGCACUCCUACAGUCAUCAGCAGGAGCUUUUGGGUCGUGAGACAGAGCGUGACAAGAAGCGCGAAAUAGAGGUCAAGAUCAUGGAGUUAAGAACAAGACUAGAAGACGAAGGGUAAGUAAUCUCUCUCCUGAAGUUGCGACGAGCUCGAGCUAAAUA